UCGAGGCGGAGCUAAGCAGUUUUGUGUCGGAGCAUUAUAUUCUUCAUGGUCGGUUGGUUGGCUUUCUACUUUUCUUUGCCUGCAAUUACUGAGGCUGGGUCUCAAGCUGUUUUCCUUCAUUCGCUGACCUAGUCACUCCUUGUGCACUUGUUGAAGAGACGCCCUCGUUCUGGAUCUAGGUUUCCUGCGGAAGAGCGUUUGUGUUAUUCUUAGAGUUUAUCUUUGCUCCAGAGAAACCUCUUUAGGCGUUUGUUAUACUUUUCCGCUCACCGUACAUACAUAACUACAUAAGGCGUCUUAAUUUGUUUGGAGGAGGAGUUGUUGAGCAUGGUUUAUGCCAGCUUCUGGCAAUGCGAUGUAGAGAACACUUGAAAAGACAAUCCGCCUAAAAUAGUCUUAGGUCAACAGGAUCUAUUCUCUGCUAUUCAUCUGAUUGGAUCUGUUGAUUAAUGUUGCCUCUGAAAUUAUUGCUCCAGCAGUUACUCUCUUCCAUCUACUAGUCUAUGCUAAACCGUAGGUUUCCCAUAAUGGAACUCUGUGUCUCUUGUGGAGUUCAGGCGGUUCCUGUGCUACAUCUAUAUCUUUGGAAACCCUGCGUCGGGGCGUUGAGUGUUCUACUGAUUCAAAAGGUGAUUGCAAUAUGGGCAAACUGUUUGUUUGUGAAGAUAAAUUAUUCCCAGAUUAUUAGAAACCGUAUACAAAAAGCUGAUCUUCAACCUGUAAUACUUGAAGUGGGUGGGUCCAAUCCUUUUAGAAAAAGGAGAUAAGUUCCUCCAUGUACUGAAUGCCUUCUUGUGGAUGUUCUUCAGGUGAGGUCAUUUUGGAUCCUGCUAUGGGUACUAAGAAGGGUUUUUGUCCAUCACCAUCCCUCAAUAAGCUAGGACAAUGAGUGUUCCGACUUAAUGAUUCGGACGUGUUCUUGCUCUGGGGGGUCAGCCUCUACUAUAGAGCCAAUUAGAAAACGAGUAGUGACGGCAUCCUGCAAGACUUGUGGUGGAAAACCACUAGUUGAUUGGGGAGGGUCUCUAUCUGGUAGCAUGCUGAGCACAGGGGGAUUGGAACUUACAAGCGUUAUCAAUCCUGAUUUGACUUGGAAGACAGUUUCAAAAGGGAACAGAAGUGCGUCAAGGCGGGCUAGAAGACCCAUUUCCAGAAACUGUAAAAGGAGUGGAACUCUGAUUGAAAAGGACCCAGAAAAGGUUGAAGACAUGCCAGUUUCUGAAUCUGAAAAGCUUGGAGUGACUAUCCUCGGGCACCGGUUUAGUGACAAAGUGGAGCAUAUACCAAUUAAAAAAAGGAGAUUUUUGUUUCGGUCACCAUCACCGCCGCCUCAGGCACCUUCUCCACCCCCAGAGGAGUCUGAUCAAUUUACAAAGGGUCAACAUGCUUCAGGUCAGGGGUCUUCUCUAAAUCCAAUUGCGGGACAGAAAUUGGUGGCAAUGGACUCAACUGUUCGGUUGGGUCAAGUUGUUGACAUGGGUAUUGCUGUUGAUAGAAAAAACUCAAAAGAGAUGAAUGAAAUUCCUGGUCACAAUGAAGACUUCUCUGGUAUUUCAAUAUUGGCUGCUGCCGCCUGCAGUAACAGUAUGGAUGGUGGAAUGAAUAAUGGUGAGGAUAGGUCAGCCCUAGAAGUAUCUUCUACGCAAGAGAGGUCUUCUGAUGUUCUGGUGAAUAAUGAAUUGUGUUCUGUGGUGGAGGAACCACACAAGGACCAUAGUGUCAAUUGUGCUGAAAUGUGUGCUGAAAUCUCAAAGGAAGGAGCUGACUCCUGUAUUUCUGCGAUGCAUGUGGAAGAAACAACUGCCUGCUUGGUGAUUGACACAUCCUUCCCAGAUGAUAUUACAUGUAAAACAAAUGCAGAGGCCCCCUCCUCUACAGUUAGCGCUCUGGCUGCUAAGCAGGAGCAGCUUCCAAGUGAGAGGAAUGAAGCAGGUUCAAGAAAUUAUGAGUCUUUGCGGGAUGAUAGAUCACACUGGGACUUGAAUACUGUUAUGGAUGCUUGGGACAGUCCAUGUCUUGAUCCCAUUGUGGGUCCUCAGGAAGGUGUAAUUGUUGAUAUCUCUGGUGGUGGAUGCAAUAAGAAGGCAGGGAAGUUGGAAGCUUGUGAGCUGCAAAGGGAGCCUGCAGCUACCAAACUUGACAAUGUAAACCCAGUGCAGCCUGUGCUUGGCAAUGUUGUUGGUAAUAGACAUGAGGUCACUGCACAUGCCAGUGAGGGAAAAUGUCAAAGAACUACUUGCUUCCAGGGAAAGGCUCCUUCAUCUGAGAUUAAUAGUGAUCUGAAUAGUGGCCUGGAUAAUGGAUCAGAAUCUUUGCGUAAUCAGGAAUGGACCACAAACAUUAGUGCUCAUCAGUUUGAUGACAAAGACACCAGCAUAAUUCAUUCUGCCCUUCCUGUAGCUGAUGCACCAGUCUCUGAGGGAAAUGGAGAUGCAGCUUUUGCUGUUGCUACUGAUAAAGAAGCAGGAGAUGAUUGUCCUGCUGAUUCUGAGAGAGCUGAAAACAUUUGCUCAAGUCCUCAGUUCCUUUCUGCUGUUGCUACUGAUAAAGAAGCAGGAGAUGAUUCUCCUGCUGAUUCUGUGAGAGCUGAAAACAUUUGCUCAAGUCCUCAGUCCCUUUCUGCUGUUGCUACUGAUAAAGAAGCAGGAGAUGAUUGUCCUUCUGAUUCUGAGAGAGCUGAAAACAUUUGCUCAAGUCCUCAGUCCCUUUCUGCUGUUGCUACUGAUAAAGAAGCAGGAGAUGAUUGUCCUUCUGAUUCUGAGAGAGCUGAAAACAUUUGCUCAAGUCCUCAGUCAGGCAAGCAUUGUAUUGCUCUGUCUUAUGCAGCCAUUCCUGGAGAUGCUACAUGUGGAAUUGGUAAAGUUCUGAUGACUGAAGAUGGUGAGGAUGCUGGCAGAACUUCUGGUUUGCUUGACAAUGUCAACUUCCCCAAUACACCACAGGGCACUGACCUCAUGGCAUGUAAUCCUCUACAAUCUGGGCCUUCUGAUUGUGUCAUGGAUCAUGUUGUGAGUAAUUCAGAUAAAGCUAAUUGUUCCCUGUCAACUAACUGUGAAGUGUUGCCUGGUUCACAUGCAUCUGCUGGAAGAGGUGAACAAGCUGUUGGUGUGGAUUUGGAGUUACAAGGUGGCCAAGAUUUUGUAGCUAAUGCUACAGUUGAUUCUCCAGGUCAGAUUGAAUCUGAAAAACUCAAGUAUAAGCCUACCGAACAGACUUCAGAAACGUUGGAAACACCAGGUGACCUUAGUUCUCAUGAGGCCUAUAGAAUCUCUGAAAAUGUUGCUCCUGAUGAUGAUCAUUUUGAUGAUGUUGAUUAUGGUUCAGAUGUUUCUCAAGAUGAUCCCCAAGUGAUAGAAAAGGAGAGCGAACUUCAGGUAGGUUAUGAUUCUCAGUAUGAGGAUGGGGAGUUCAGGGAGCCGAUUCUACAUGGUUGGGAAGGGGAUGCAUGUGAGGAAGGGGAAACUGAGCAUGUUGACUAUGGAUCAGACAACAGAGAAGCAUAUGACUUUGAAGCUGCAGUUGAUUAUCCAGGGUCCAUGUCUGUACAGGUUGAUGAACUGGCAGAAUGCCAAGGAGGGAGAUAUCUUGAGACCAAUGACAACUGCAAAACAGACCAAUUUAUGGAGAAGAAUAUGACAGAAAACUAUGUUCUGGAAGCAGGAUAUCGUGAGAAAAGAUCAGGGACAGUGAAUAGACACUCGAGGGGGCAGUUUGGUAUGCAAGAUGAACAAACAGAAUCUAAGGUGGACAAUGAAUUAAGGGGAGGUGCUGAUAGGGCGAAUGGAGAUGGUGGACUUUAUGCCAGAGGAGAUUCAUCAACUUCGAGUAUGAAAUUUACUGGAUGGGAGCGAUUGCCGGAAUGCAGCAGAAGUUCUGUGGAUACAAAAGCGGAAGCCAGAGAUGGUAAUUUCAAAAGGAUUCAUUCUGCUGCUCGUAUUGAUGGUCUUGAUUCUGGGGAUUCUGUGACAAGGAUGGGAAAAACAUCUGGGCGGGAGUUGCUUUCACGUAUUGAGGGACCCAUAUCUUCUGAUGUCUUGCUUAGAAGUGAUAGAUCAGACAACCUUGAUGAUUCAAAUCGUAGAGCUGAAAGAGAACCUGCUUCUGCACAAUCCAUUGGAAGGGGUGGAACCUCUGUGCUGCAUAUGCAUGGCAGGGGGCGGGGAGGUGAUCGUUGGGUUGAUUCUUUCCAUUGGGGUCCAGAACGUCAUCGUUCAUCUGGUUUUGGGCACCCUGCACCAAAGAACGCUGCAGCAGCAGCUGCUGCAAAGAUAGAGAGCAGUGGUUUUGUUGUUGCUCCAGAUGGUACAGUUAUAAAAGCAGGUGGUUUGGGAAGGCGUAGACAAUCUGUAAAUGCUUCUUCCGAAGGUGUGCGCCGCUCUCUCGUCCAAAGGGGAUCACCAUUAGACAGGGAUGAGGCUCUUGGCAUACAUAUGGAACUUGGUCCAGUGGGUGAGAUGAGCCCCGAUAGGAGCCUUACUCUUGAAAGGGGUACGCCUGGAAGAUUUGGUCCACAAGUGGUAGGUGCUGGCCUCAGGGAGAGAUAUCGAGGACCCACUCCUGAUGAUUCUUCCUUACGCAUGCAACAUCAUUUAGUCAUGAGAGAACGGAGCUAUUCCCCCAAUCAAAGAAGGGGGGGUCCUCAUCUAUCUCGAUCCCGUACAAAAUCUCCAUCAAGAUCUAGAACUCGCUCUCCCCCUGUAUGGCCAUCUCCAAGGGGAAGAAAUGGGUGUGAGAUUGGUAGUGGUCCAGGUUUAAGACACCACAGUAUAAGUCCUCCAAAUUUCAGGUCUGUGGCUAGAAUGGAGAGGGUGCGGUCACCUCAUCGGCGGUCGGGUUUUUUUGCAGAUCAAGUUGCAGGUUUUACCCCAACAUCCAGAAUCCGCAGUUCUCAGCAACAUUCUUCCCGAUGGGUUGGCAAUAGGAAAGAUCAUGUUGAUCAUUUUAGGGAGCAUGGCUACAAGCAGCGGCCUUCUGUUUCAGAAAGAAGAUCGCCUGGAAGAAUUUUCCAACGAGGUCAUAGGUUUGAUUUGGUGGGUUCCAUGGGAAGAUCAGAGCCAGGUGAGUAUUACAGACCCAUACAUCCUAGGAGGUUUCCUGAGAUGGUUGGAGCUGGAAGAGGGUCUCGGUAUGAUGAAAGUGAUGAUGAUAGAAGGAAAUAUGGUCGCAGAUACGGGUUUGUACAUCCUGUAAGGUGUUAUGAUACAGAUGGCCCUGUAAAGAGGUUCAGGUAUGAUGAGGAAGAUUUUGCAGCUCAUGAUUCUCAUAACAAGGAGGCAACAGAGUUUCAUGGUAGAGGGAGUCCCAAGACCUAUGACAGUGGUAUUGACAGCAGGCUUGGGGAUGCACCUAGGAGAUCUAGAGAAGAGAAAAGUCAUUUCAGAUAUGGUCGAGACUGGAAGUAUGAUUCCAAUUCCAAGCCAUUGGGAAUGUGAGAAUGUGAUGAAGAUGAUGCACAAAGGAGAAUCCCUUCAUGACCUUUGUACCCUUUUAUUUUUUCUUCCUUUGGGUGCUUUGGUAGGUCGAUAAAGAGAUGUUGAACCUGGUGAAUUGCAUCUCAAUCAUGCGAUUUUUUUUCCUUGUUACAGUACUUGUGUAACUACAUACACCAUGAUGAUUUCCUUAGCAAAUGGCUGCUAAUACUUUUUUUGGGGGUCCUUUGUAGAAGAUUUUUUUUUCUUUUGACCAGUUCGGAGUUAUGUAACCUCUACAUGAGGCCAUUGAAAUAUUAUUAAUCAAGUGAAGAUUCAAUUUAUGCC